ACUUGAGCGACGUAGAUCCUCCCUUUUUCCCUUCCUCACUCAUUGCCACAGUAAAUAGUCGAGACAUCAUGGGCGGCGCAAAUCUGGAAAUCUUCAAAUUCGGAUUCUAUCUCUUCACGCCUAUCUAUGUCAUGGUCAAAUUUGCCGAUCCUGAUUGGUAUGCCGCCUAUGUUGCGCCUCUGAAAGAACAAUUUUGGCCACCGUAUGAGGAAACACACCAACCUCCCAAAACCCACGACGCUGUCCGUUCAGAAUUAGACCGUAUGAAGGCCGAAAGACUAGCCAACGCCAAGAGACGCCAGGUCGAGCAGGCCACCCUUGGAGAGGAUGGCGUUGUUCCAGAGGGACAGGCCGGGGUAGAGGGCGGACGUGGGCAGGGUACAGGAACCAGAUGGAAGGUCUCUGGUGGGGGUAGAUUGGUCUAGAUAUUGCAGACCGAGCGACAGAGUAUCGCACAUAUAUUGCAUGGGUAAAAUCUAGUGCCACACUCAUCUCAUUUUGGUUCACGGCAUGUAUCUUGUACUCUAUCACCCUGUGUGUACAUGCAUCUGCCUACGUCGGCAUGGAUGCCCAUUGUUAGGCCCCAGACGGGACGAACUGGCAACAGGUGACGAAAACAAGCACCGAGAGU